AGCACAGCUUGUGGCAAGGGCACAUAAAAGUGCUUUUAAUUCUACUCGACAUAUUCAGUCACUUUUAGUAUUUUGCGAGAAUUUUUAAAGUUUGCAUCAACUUUAUACUCAAUACUUGAAAAAAAUGUCUGAAACCAAAUUAUUUAGUCUUAAAGAAGUCGCAGCUCAUAAUUCUAAUAAAAGUGCAUAUCUUGUUAUCCACAACAGCGUCUAUGACGUGACGAAUUUUUUAAAUGAGCAUCCAGGUGGCGAGGAAGUUCUCCUUGAGCAGUCCGGUAAAGAGGCAACUGAAGCAUUCGAAGAUGUUGGACAUUCAACUGAUGCUAGAGAAUUAAUGAAGAAAUAUAAAAUUGGUGAAUUGGUUGAGGCUGAUCGUAAGGAUAUCCCCGUAAAAACACAACCUGACUGGUCGAGCAACGACAAAAAGGAUGAAAAUUCAAUGAAGAAUUGGAUUGUUCCAAUUCUUUUGGGUCUUUUGGCAACGAUCUUAUAUCAUUUCUACUUCAAACAAUAAGUUGAUACUAUUCUUAUGGCAUUCCCCAGUGCAUCUUUAAAGUCUAAAAAACAUUAUUUGAACUUUUCCAAGCAUUUUUGAUGCAAUUUAUGAGACAAAAAAGAAAUAUUUUCGAUGAUAAAAAAACAAACAAAUGAGUAUAUAAGUUAGUGUUCUGCCUAUUAUUAAUAUUAUUAUUUUCUUGAUUUUUUAAAGAGUUUAAAUUGCUAUUAAUG